UUCAUCCCAUUUCCACUUUCUCUUCGAUAUUUUGAAAGCCUGCAAAUUGUGUAUCUGUGUACAAUUCACAGCUGCUUUGUUAGAAUGCUGAGCAGUGGGACUAUAUCCAGAGGUUCACCACGGGUGGUUCUCCUGGGUACAUCGUUCGGACUCUUUCGAAGCAGGGUGGAAACAAGACGAUUUGGUUGCUGAAGGAAGCCAGAAAAUCGAACUGCACAUCUCAACCAUGGCGAAUGCUAUAUCGAUAUCCUUGGAUAAGCUGCCUGGGCUGAUGCAGGCUUUGGAAGUCAUGCGUGAGAAGGGCUUGGAGUCAGACAACCGCUACAAACUGCUAUCAGCCGUUGCAAAUAAGCUGCAGGCCGAAGUAACCAAGCCUGGCGUGAAGACCGAGACAGCGAGUGGAGACGCUGCGCCGCCCAAGAGUGGCCAUACGUCAUCCCCACCCGCACCGCAAGGCAGUGAGAGUGGCAGUACAAGCAAUGCUACUGCUGCUGCUGGUGCUCCUGCACCUGCAGCAGCGAAUGGUGACGCUUAUGCCGCUCUUUUGGCUUCGGUCAGCUCCAACUCCAGUAUUGUAAACAUUCACUCGGUGACGUCUAGCCUGAGUCCAGAGCAGGUUGCACAGCUACGAGCACAGAUUGCAGCUUAUCAGUUACUGGCUAACAAGCACACCUUAUCGCAGGAGUUGUUGAGUGCUACUGGUGCCUUGACUGUUGCCUUUCCCACGCCACCAACUGCAUCAACGCAAGCCACGCAGCCACCUUCUCAACAAACUCCGACGCAGUCACUGAAGCCGCAACAAGCUCAGCCCGAACAGCCGCAGAAGCAGCAGCAGCUUUCACCGCAGCCUGUCAAAGCUGAAGCGAAAUCCUCUGCCAAGCCACUGUCACCGGCUGCACAAGCUGCAAGGAAGAAGCCAGUUCCGCAAGGAAAGCCACCAAAGCUUCUGCCUUCAGACAACCCAAAACCUCUGCCUCGUGCGCUCGUGCUGAAAGAAAGAGAGAACAUUCUUGCGACACGAAUGCAGCGACGUAUUGCGUUCCUGGAAGAACAAGACGAGCCCAUCCGUGCCAAUAUCCAGUUGAUGACGGAACUCCGGGCACUGAAACUUCUAGAUCUACAGCAGAAGGUGCGUGAAGAAGUUCGGCAAGAGAAACUCGACGAGCCUGGUCUGGAUGCUCAAGUACAAAAGUCCAGUCGCCGCUCCAAGAAACAGCAACUCAGGGCUCAAGAGAAGUUACAGCAGCAGCGCAUGGGUCAUGAGCAACAUAUGGAAUUCGUGUCGGCCAUCCUGCAGCACGGGGCCGAAUGGCGUAUCUUCCAUCGAAAUGUCAGCGCUCGCAUAACCAAGCUCGCCAAGUCCGUCCUCGUCCACUACGCCACAACCGAACGCGAGCAGAAGAAGGAGUCCGAUCGGCUGGAAAAGGAGAGAAUACGCCGCCUGAUGGCUGAGGAUGAAGAAGGCUACCGCAAACUUAUCGAUCAGCAAAAGGACAAGCGCUUGGCAUUCCUACUUGACCAGACGGAUGAGUUCAUCGAGCAGCUGACCGACCUGGUUAAAAAGCAUAAGCUGGAGCAGCGUGCAAUGCGGAGACGCAACACCCUGGGUGGUGUUGGCAACGAUGAUGAUGUAGGUCAAGAUGAUUCCCUGCUGGAUGUUGACGUCGACAUCAGCCAGGACCUGGCCAAGGAGGAUGACUUGGAUAUGCACGCGCCAGUUGUGGAGAUAGCCACAGGCAAGACAUUGGUCGGUGUUGAAGCGCCUCUGAAGUCAGAACUUACCACAUGGUUACAUGACAAUCCAGGAUAUCGGCUGGCCAGUCCAGCGAAGAGAUCCUCGAGGAGUAUAGAUAGUCCCGGUGACAAAGGGAAGGCUGAUGGUGAUACUGGCACUGUCAGUGAUUUGGAUUCUGACCUGUCUGGUGAUGAGGAUAGUGAGGGCUCUGACGAUGGCGGGGAAGAACCGAUGGCCGACGCGCAGGGUGGCGCAGUGCCAGGCACCGACAGCGCCGCUGCUUCAGCCACCAGCAGCGAUCAGGCGUGCGCUUUGCCGUCGGGACCACUCGGUAUUCGCAGACGUGCCCGGCGCGAACGCCUGCGCAAGAGCCGUGAGCAAAGCGAUGCAGUCAAGGCUGCAGUGGGCACGAUGGAUGUUGUCGAUGAGUACCAAGACAGUGCAAAGCCUGGCAACUCUGAAACAAACAAGAACAGUACAUACUUCCGUAUUGCCCAUCAGCACAAGGAGAAGAUCACCAAGCAGCCGGACAUGCUGGUCGGCGGAACGCUCAAGGAGUAUCAGAUGGCUGGUCUGGAGUGGCUCGUGUCUCUCUAUAACAACAACCUGAACGGUAUCCUGGCAGACGAGAUGGGGCUAGGAAAGACAAUCCAAUCCAUUGCCACUAUCUGCUACCUGGUGGAGAAGAAGAACUACUUUGGCCCGUACCUGAUCAUCGUUCCGCUAUCAACGCUAUCAAACUGGGCUAUGGAGUUUGAGAAGUGGGCACCUGCCAUCGUGAAGAUUCUUUACAAAGGUGCACCUGCUGCUCGUAAGGCGCUCGCGCUGAAGGUGAAGACCACUCGCUACAACGUGCUACUGACCACGUAUGAGUACGUGAUGAAGGACCGGAACAUCUUGAGCAAGAUCCAGUGGAAGCACAUGAUAAUCGAUGAAGGCCACCGUAUGAAGAAUCACCAUUGCAAGCUAACCACCACUAUCAAUCAGCAUUACCAGACUUCUCACCGACUUAUUCUCAGUGGAACUCCACUGCAGAACUCUCUGCCGGAGAUGUGGGCCUUGCUCAACUUCUUAUUACCGUCUAUCUUUCACUCGGUGACAACAUUCGAGCAGUGGUUCAAUGCGCCGUUUGCCAACAUGGCCGAGAAGGUUGAGCUGAACAAGGAAGAAACAAUGUUGAUUAUCCGCCGUCUCCAUCAGGUUUUGCGUCCGUUCCUUCUUCGCCGGCUCAAGAGGGAGGUGGAAAGUCAGCUGCCAGAGAAGUCUGAGUACAUCCUGCGCUGCGACAUGUCAGCGCUGCAGAAGCGUAUGUACCAACACAUGAAGUCCAAGGGUGUGAUCUUGACGGAUGGCUCAGAACAGAACAAGAAGGGCAAGGGUGGUACAAAGACACUCAUGAACACUAUCGUUCAGCUCAGGAAGAUCUGUAAUCAUCCUUUCCUCUUCCAGGCAAUGGAGGAAGCCUACAGUGAACACAUUGGUCUACACGGUGCUGCUAUUCAAGGGCCAGAUCUGUUCCGUACGUCGGGCAAGUUUGAGCUACUAGAUCGUAUUCUGCCAAAGUUGUACCACUUUGGUCACAGGGUGCUGUUGUUCUGUCAGAUGACGCAGUGCAUGACAGUACUGGAGGACUACUUGGCUGGAGCAGGCUGGCGCUACUUACGACUCGAUGGCGCCACGAAAGCCGACGAUCGUGGUCAGUUGCUGAGUCUGUUCAACGCGCCCGAGUCGCCCUACUUUCUCUUCCUGCUGAGUACCCGUGCUGGUGGCUUGGGUCUGAAUCUGCAGUCAGCUGACACGGUCAUCAUCUUUGACAGUGACUGGAAUCCCCACCAGGACUUGCAAGCUCAGGAUCGUGCCCAUCGUAUUGGGCAGAAGCAUGAAGUACGUGUGCUGCGCCUCAUUACGUUGAACAGUGUUGAGGAGCAGAUCUUGCAAGCAGCUCGCUACAAGCUCAACAUGGAUGAAAAAGUUAUUCAAGCCGGUAUGUUUGACCAGAAGUCUACCGGUGUAGAGCGUCGAGCUUUCUUGGAAGCACUGCUAUUCGAUGAGGAGGAGAAUGAGGAAGAAGAUGAUGUUCCGGAUGAUGAGGUGAUCAACCAAAUGAUCAGUCGCGGUCAAAAUGAGCUUCCACACUUCCAGAUCAUGGACACUGAACGCAUUGAGAGGGAAAAGACAGGUCACUAUUGGUCAGGGAAGUCUCGACUGAUGGAGGAUCACGAGCUGCCACCAUGGCUGCAGAAAGACCUUGAGGAGGUUGAGAAGCUAGCCAAUGAGGAAGAGGAGGAGAAACUGUAUGGUACUGGUGUACGACAGCGGACAGAGGUUGACUACUCCGAGGCAUUGACCGACAAACAGUGGGUCAAGGCGGUUGAGGAUGGUAAGUUGGAUGAAGCUGAGAACAAGAUGCGUGAGAGAAAGCGCAAGCACGAAGGUGACGAUGAUGCACCUGAGGUUAAGAAGCCUGUUGAGAAAGUGGAGAAGAAGAAAAAGGCUGAACCCAAGAAGAAGAAGAUUGGACGACCUGCCAAUAAAGUCGUUCCCAACCCACCCCUACUUACCAAGCAGAUGUUGAAGAUCAUUGCACUCAUUAUGGAGUACAAGAAUGAGGAGGGCAGGGUGCUCAGCGAGAUCUUCUAUCAGCUGCCGUCACCACGGCAACUAAAGGACUAUUACGAGAUCAUCAAGACGCCCAUUGAUAUCCGGCGAAUCAAGGAUCGUGUGCUCAGCCAUCGCUACCGGUCUCUUUUAGACAUGGACAACGACUGUCAGUUGAUGUUCCGCAAUGCUCGCAUCUACAAUAGAGAAGGAUCCAUUAUUUACGAGGAUUCAAUUGUCCUUGAGGCCGUGUACGUAGACGCACGCGACAGCGUGAUUCGAGGCGACGUCCAGGUCUCGGAUGACGAAGACAGUAGCUUACAUGCUGCUGCUGCCGCUGCCGCUGCUUCUGCCAGUGCUGCUACUGCAGCAGCAGCAACAGCAGCGGUGGCCACACCAGAACAGAGUGAGGCUGCCACCGACACAUAGCGCGGAAAUGAGAACGGACACUCAGCAUUUGUUUCUUCCCACGUUUAAUUUCCACUCACGCUGCUGAGAAACCCAGGCACCAUACUAUCCUUGGUGUCCAUCUGAUCACGCUGGCAGCAACUUCUACAACCAUAAGUAUCUUGCUGUUCCAAUUCUCAUCACAAAACACAUGUCACGGGAAUUGUUUGUAGAGUUACCAGCUAGCCUUGAGUUUGAGCACGGUGCGUUUGCUUGUCCAGCACCACUCGGAUCUUCUAGAUAUGGCUACUUCUAGUCCAGAUGUUUUAUCAUGAAAUUCUCUCAUGAAACACAUACACACAUUAUUUCAAUGACAUAAACCUUGAGCAGACCAUACCCUUUCUCAUGAAAUUUGCUGCGCCGCACUUGUAAUGCCCGUGUCUCCUCUGAGUUCUGAGACAGCAUCGUUCUUCCCGCUGGCCAUGCAAGCAGUCUAGUUAUAUCAGGCACGAAACCGUUCAUCUAUUCCUAACAUCACUGGCUAGACGUAGAGGCAACAUCGCCUUGUCAGCCUUGUCGGCCUUUUCUCCAUUGCACUUGCAACAUGCACAUGGUCAUGACACACAUGUUUUCUUAUUUAAAAGUCUAGACCAGGGUAGUUUACUACUCCCUGGUCUAGAACCUGUCUCGCCUCGCUGUCUUUUGUGCUGCUGCCGCAUCACUCUGCUGUUGACUAACUGCAUAUAAACGUGUGUUUCUUCACAUCGUUCAUUGUACUGCUCCUUCAUUGCUGGAGUGUGCAGCAAUCAUUCGAAAUUGACCGUCCUGCUUCAGAAAAGCACGGUUGCACAGA